AGGGGAUGAUUUUCUUAAAAAUGCAAUUAAGUAAUUUUCAAUUUCAUGUUUUGAAUAAUUAUGCAAAUUACAAUUAAAUAGCAUUAAAUAAUCACACAAAGAUUUAAGUGAGUGUGCAGUAACACUUUGUAAACACUGGAGGGCGCUACAUAGAUUUAACAAAGUCAACAUGUACAAGUUCCACAAUAUGGCCAAAAGUAUGUGGACAUGCAAACGUUACAGCUAUAUAGAGGGCUGUCCACUUACUAUUGUCCAUAAAGUUACCCUAAAUAAGAGGUUUAUAGGUUUGAGAGGUUUAUAGGCCUCACAGGUGUUUAACAUUAAGGCUGGCUCUGUUAUGUGUCCCAGUAAACCAUUAGAGUGUGAUAAGUCCGCAUGCACAAUACCAGGACCCUGAAACUGAAGCAGCUAAAUGGAGUUCAGCAAUUGUUAAUGUUGUUAUAGACACCUGUGAGAUUUGGGUUGCUGCUACUUAAAAUGCUGAAGUAAUGUUAGCUUGUAUUGUAACACGUAGUAAAUCAAAAUUAUGAGAUACAAAGUUCAAAUUAUGACAUCAGUUAAUAAUGUAUAAAUAAUAAUAUAAAAAAAAUGUUACCUAGUAUAACUCAUUUUGAGUACAAAUGUCAAAAAUCUGUCUUUCUAAAUCAAACUGAGAUACUAAGUCAUUAAUUUGUAUUUGUGUAUCUGAGUGUAGUUUAAAUUGUGACCGGUUAUAUCGUGGUUGAACAUACUAUUUAAUAAUUUUGAUUCAUACCAAGAAUAUUUGUAUUUUUAAAUUAUCCAAACUUUGCAUCCUUCAGCCGCCCCUGAAGUUGGAGUGCACCCGUAUUCUGACCUUUAUGUUAAUGUAUUGAAACGGCUCAGUUUGGUGAAUUUUCUUACACUUGUAUCUUGUACCUUUAUUAUUUAAAUGGGAACAAGGUAAUUGUGUUGAAACAGGAAAGGGCCAAUGGUUGCCAUAAAAUGGGACGCACACUGUAAAAUAUUGGUCCAUGUUGUGGCAUUACAAUUUCCUGUAAUUGGAAGUAGAAAAAAACAAUAUUAAUCAAAGAUCAUCGAUAGGCUGGUUUGUUACGACCAUCGUAAACAUCUUCACUUUCCUGGGAAGUGAUGAAAGGACAGCUUUGUAAGUGGGUGAUAAGUGAUGGCGUGGACCCCCUCCUCUGUUCAGCGACGGCUUCUCAACCCAGAUCUAAAUGGCUUCCAUGACACCUCUUUCAAACCAUCCAUCUUCUCUGUCUAAAAUGUGCACCUGGUGGUCCUCAAACGAGUGUCCUCUGUCCUUCAGAUGUAAAUAAACUGCAGAGUCUUGACCUGAGGUGUUAGCCCUUCUGUGCUGAACCAUGUGUUUGUGUAGUGAUUGUUUAGUUUCCCCAUUAUACAUGUCUUUGCAUUCCUUACUGCAUUGGACAGUAUAACACUAGAUUGCUUUUCUUGUGUUUGAGUGUGCGACCUUCCGUAUGGGCCAGUAUCUGUGUUAGCCUGUAAAUGUUGCUGAAAUCUAAAUGGGUUAUUUUUUGAUGCAGUGCACUCUAGUUCCUGUCCUCACCUUUGCUAAUGUUCUUUUUGGGGGGGGUUUGGGGGUCCUUGUAAGUCCACAAAAGAGGAAGUCAUGCUUAUCAUCCUGUUCUGCCCAAAUUUCUUUUAGAAAGAAAAUUGCCAUAGGCAUGCUCACUGUGGUGAAAAUGAACCUUUUCAGCGAAUAAGUUUAGGCCACCCUUCCAGUAAGAAUUAGCACAGUUGACUUGCUUAUUGGACUACAGACUAUUAAGUCACAUGAAAACCUGAACAAAUCGUGGGAAAUUCUCUGUAGCGCAUCAGAAGGAAAAACAUACAGCCCUCAGAAUGAACUCUUGCUGUGUUGUGAACAGGCUUGUGCAGUAGGCAGCACUGGAUUUUGGGGUCCUAAUUUAAAAUGUAGCUGUCUGUGACUGUUGAUUUGUAUAGAAUAUUUUAAUUCUAAAAUCUGAUCUCAACUCACCUUGGCUUAAUGCCUUUUGGUGUUAAAAGGAAUACUCAUCAGAUCUCAGGUCAGCACACAACAGGAAAUCGAUGAUGUUUGAAUUGUCUAUAUUUGUGUUUUUCACAUUUGGCAACCAGCACUUUUCUUCUGACUCGGCAGCAGGUUAAUGUCCAAAAGCUUAGGCCUUGCUGUGUCCAACAUUGCACUAAAUGUACCACAAACCAAAUAAAACCUCCAAUCAGUCAUUCACUCUCAAAAAAAUGAUUUGAACAUUUUCAGCAAAUAUUUUGGCCUGACGUUUCCGGUAAGGAACAACACAGUUGACGUACUUUUUGGACUACAGAGUGUGACGGAUUGCCGGUUUUUGAUGUAGGAGCAGGCAGUUAAAUGUAUAACAGAAGUUAUUUAUUGUAAAGUGAAGCGGGGAAUGGAGAUGGAGAAGGUGCUGGAGAAGGCAAAGCGUGGUGAGCAAUGGCAGUGAGAGACCGAAGCAGGCUGGAUGAAUGAAUGAAAGAGACAGGCGUAGUUGGCUGGUGUUGGUUUGGCAUACUAGGCAGGGAAGUGUGGUCCUGAAGCACAACGAGAGACAGAAUUAAACAGCGGUAUGGUUCUAAACUUUCUUUGCUCUGAAAGGCGUCAAGAACAUGGUUUUAAUCAGAUUAAACAAGAUUCUUAAUCACCAGGGUUAAAACAAAGCAUUAUUGCUCUAAAGAGAGAGUUCUUGUGAUUCUUCUGGCAGUAGUGCUGGGCUGAUGAAAGCCAAGUGUGUGUAAUCGACAGGUAACCAGGAGCCAGUGAAUCAUUACCAUUCACAUACCAAACACAGGGAAAACAGUGUCUAAUAAAGUCACAUGAAAACCUGAACAAAUUGUGUGAAAUUCCCUCAAAUGCAUUUGAGGGAAGAAAACAGCCCUCACAUUAAAGUGUUGUCAGCAGGCAUUUAUUGAGCAGUAGACAGCACUAGCAGACAGUCCUCAGACCCGGUGGUUCACAGACCAACAUGAACACGAUUUUCUUCAUCGGCCAAAUCAUCGGCAUCGUCCCCAUCUCUGCCGUCCUGCUCUUCCUCCUUGCCAAGCUGGUUUGCCACCGAAGCCAUGUGCAGGACUGGUACGGCUAUGCUGUGCUGAUAACAGGCUGCGACAGUGGCUUUGGACACCAGCUGGCUCAAUGUUUGGACCGCAAAGGGUUUGUGGUCUUUGCUGGGUGUUUGUUUCCAGAAGGAGACGGUGCUCAGCGCCUGGCCAGACAGAGCUCCAGUAAUCUGAAAAUCCUCAAACUGGACGUCACCAGUGAUGAAGACGUGCAGCAGGCGAAGAAGACGGUUCAGGAGAAUCUGCCAGUGAAAGGCCUGUGGGCAGUUGUGAACAACGCUGGCAUAUCCGACUGGGCCGAGAUCGAAUGGAGCACUUUUGCAGAUUUCCGCAACAUGAUCGACAUCAACCUGUUUGGCUGCAUCAGGACCUCUAUUGCAUUUCUACCUUUGCUUCGUGCCACUAAAGGCCGGAUGGUUUACAUGUCGAGCAUCUUUGCCUUCUUCAACUGCCUGAACAUGGGAGCAUACAGUGUGUCAAAGAGAGGACUGGAGGCGUUUGCAGAUUGCCUAAGGGUUGAAAUGGCCAGUUUUGGUGUGAAGGUCAGCAUCAUCCAGCCGGGUAAUUUCGGCCAAGCCACCAACAUCCUGAAGAUGAAAACUGGUUUGGAUGUUUGGGAGAAAUUAGACGACAAACAAAAGCAAAUCUUCAACAGACAGUACAUUGAGCUGGCCAACGAGUACUUCAUGUCAACAUGCAGGUCGGGAUUCAAGAGCAGCGACAUGGUCAUCAACGCAAUUCUGCAUGCAGUCAUGUCCGCUAAGCCUAAAUACAGAUACCUGCUGGUCUCGGCGAAGGAUAUGUUUUUCUUCAAGCUCUUCCCUUUUCUCCCCACCGUCUUCACAGAUGCUGUGUUUGCCCUCAGCUCCAUGUAUGCUAAAAGAAAAGACAUGCUUUACGCUCAGUAAGAAAUAAGUAUCGUAGUGGAAGAAACAGGCUUAGGAAAACGCAUUUAAUGUUUAGUUUCUUUUCUGUCCGUUUAUAUAUCCUGUUCUAAAACGCUUGUGAAUUCAGGUCUAGAUCUGUGUUUUAGGUACAAAUAAUACAUGGUGAUUAUAAUAAUAAUAUAUUUUUAACAUAAUGAUUUCAUGAGUCUUGUUCAUUCUGCAUUGUCUUUGUUGGAAUAAAAGUUAUAAUGAAUUA